GUGACUUUACUUUUCGUAUGACUUCCUUUUAAAAUUGGGAAAUCAUAAAAUAAAACUGGACUGUUUAUCGUCUAAAGACAAACGCAAAGAUCUGAUGUGAUGUGUUCUUUAUUAUAUAUUUUCAAUAGUGUUUCUAGUCCAUUGUAAUGAAUGACAGGGGUUUUAAAAGUAAUUAACACCCCACCACCAUGGGGUGUGGAGUGAGAAUGCGGCAAUGAAGAAAUUGUGUAAAUAAAUAGAAGAGACUAUGAUGUUUAGCUGUAAAGGGACUUUAAGCUCAUUAAGAGCCCAAAUGCUAUAGUUACAGUAUGUAUGGCUGAAGGAGCGAGAGUAAACAAUGAGAUUUCAUAGAAGGUGUGGUGACAGAGUCACACUUCUAAAUGACAACACUACAGCUGUAAGAAAUUUUGUUGAGUUCAAUCAUGGCUUGAUACUUAGCGCAGAACCCUUGAAGGAUGAUGUUAUGUUUGAAGUGUGUAUUGACAGAAAGGUCAAUGUGUGGAAUGGAAGCCUUGAAAUUGGAGUCACCACCCUGGACCCGGAGUUCAUGGAACUGCCGGCAACAGCUACAAAAUUGAGGAAUACAGCUUGGAUAAUGUCUGGCAGCUCAAUCGUGAAGGAUGGUGUGACACUUGUUAAUUCCUAUGGUCCCGAGCUCGACACACUUAGCGAGGGAGACUGUGUUGGUGUUAUGAAAACAGCCAAGGGGGAGUUAUUGUUUUAUGUGAAUAGUCGAUGCCUUGGGGUGGCAGCUAAGGACCUGCCUAGUAAACUGUUUGCCGUCAUAGAUUUAUAUGGACAGUGUGUUCAAGCUUCUAUCACUCAUGUACAUGGCAUGAGGCCUAUUAUGGAAACCAGUAUAGAUCAGUUGGAAGAGGAUCCCAACAAUGAUGACACUUUAACAUGUAGUGACAUGGAUGUCGUGCCUCUGAACCAACCUCCUGACCUGUUGCAACCUAAGCCGUCUCAACAUGUCUAUGUCCCGAUGGCCUCUGAGGGUGCCUGUGCUCUUGUAGCACAGGAUCGUUUAAGGUUUCACCCAAGAUGUGGGAUACUUGUCAAAUUAUCAGCUAAUAAUAAAUCAGCAGAAAGGGCUAGGCCUUUAGAUGACUACAACAAUGGCGUAGUGAUGACGCACCGACCUCUGUAUGACAACGAACUGUUUGAGAUACGCAUCGACAGGCUAGUCGACAAAUGGAGUGGUAGCAUUGAGGUCGGUGUAACAUCUCACAAUCCGGCAACAAUCAGGUUUCCAUCUACCAUGACGAACAUGGAGUCCGGCACGAUCAUGAUGUCGGGCUGCAAGGUACUCAUGAAUGGGCACGGCAUGUGCAUGGAGUACGGGAACUUUAAUCUUGAUGAACUGAGGGAAGGGGAUACCGUCGGUAUGAUGAGAAAGAGCACUGGCAAACUGCAUUACUUUAUCAACGGCGUGGACCAAGGCAUAGCCACAGAUAAAGUGGAACAACAAGUCUGGGGAGUUGUUGAUCUCUAUGGCAUGACUGUAAAGGUCACUAUAGUGGACCCUUGUGAGGAAAUGGACACGACCGUUACCAACGCGCCGGUUGUGCUCGGCGCUCCCGAGCUGCCUGCUCCGAGCAGGAUAAGACAAAGAUUAGAUGAAGAUAGCCUUUUAUUUCAUACGCUGCGUGAUUCGAAUGUUAUUAUUAUUAAUGAUGGUAAGACUGCUCAUAGGCCUAAUGCUUUCGAAUACUUCAAUAACGGGAUAGUGAUGACGAAUCGCACACUGAGGACAAACGAACUAUUUCAAGUGCGUCUCGACUUGGUUAUCCCUAAGUGGGCCGGAAGCAUUGAAAUUGGGGUCACGCAGCAUUCUUCAAACGAUUUAUUAUUUCCAUACAAAAUGAGCAACGCAAAAUCUGGCACUUGGGCAAUGACCGGAGAAGACGUGAUACGAGACGGGACCACCAUCAUACCGCAAUAUGUUAGGAAUCUCAACAGACUCGUGGAGGGGGACACCGUGGGCGUGAUGCGCAAGGACAUGGGCAUACUGCAUUUCUUUGUGAACGGCGUGGACCAGGGGCCCGCGGCCUUCAACAUCCCCGACCAUGUGUUCGGGCUCGUCGACUUGUACGGGCGAGUGGCGCAGGCGACUGUAGUGGAGGCGUACACGCCGCCCGCCGCUUACUCGCCGGAGUCGCCUCUCUCCACCGAGUCAAACGCUACUAUUUAUCCGGAGAUGUGUUUCCACCGUCUGCACGGCCGCAACGCGCGGCUGUCCCGCAACCGGCUGACGGCGUCGCGCGCCACCGUCUACUCGGAGUUCAACGACGCCGUACUGUUCAGCUCGCGGCCGCUGCGCGAGUGUGACAUGUUUGAGCUGCGCAUUGACAAGAUGGUCGACUGCUGGAUCGGCAGUUUGGAGAUCGGUGUAACCGCAAUCCGUCCGGACGAUCUCGAGGCGAACGGCGGCGUCGGCGCCAUAGCGGGCACCGCGACCGACCUCAACUGGGACACGUACAUCCUGAGCGGCGCCGCCAUGAUGAAGGACGGCGAGUGCGUGCGCAGCGGCUACCCGCUCGACCUGGACACCCUCACCGUUGGGAGCAGAGUCGGCAUGAUGUGGCACGCGGACCGCAGCCUGCACUACUACCUGGACGGCAUGGACAUGGGCAAGGCGUGGUACGUGCCGCACCUCAACAUCUACGCCGUCGUCGACCUCUACGGCCAGUGCACGCAGGUUACAAUUCUGCAAAACGAAGAAAGAGCUUUCAACUACAACGGCUGCACCAAUUCCGAUAACUCGCUGCUGAGCAACUCAAGAGCAUUGUCGUCGCCCCCGCCGCCAUAUUGGAGUUUCUCGGAGUACUGCGGCGACAAUAUCUGCAUAAUGCACGAUUACUCAUUCGCACGCCGGCUCACGGCCGACCCCACCGCCGCGCUCGUCUUCAGCUCCGCCCACUUGGCUCUCGGCGAGAUAUUCGAGGUAAAGAUGGUGGAGUGCAAGUCUGGGUACGCGGGCAGCUUCCGCAUGGGCGUGACCGACAUCAACAUCCUCAAUGUUCACGUGAACCGCAGCCUCCCCCCAACCAUCGCUCUGCUGCCACACUACACUGCCUACAUAGACGGUAAAUACAUGAAGUACUCGCGCCACAACGAGAAGGAGCACUCGCUGCGCUCGUUCGUGCCGUCGUUCGAGUGGCUGCGGCCCGGCGACCGCGUGGGCCUCAAGAAGACUAACGACGGCCGCGUGCUCGUCUUCUACAACUCCGAGCUGCUCGAGACAGCGUUCGAGAACGUUCCCGAUAAAGUAUACGUGGUGAUGGAAAUAUUCGGUCACGUGACAAAGAUCCAAGCAGUGUCCAAAGGAGUCAACGUGGGAACGGCGUUGCCUCAACACACCAUUCCGAACGAUGAGUACGUCAAGCCACCGUCCCUGAGCGCCGCGGCCAAGAACGCGACCAACGCGAGCGUGGCUCAGUCGGCGCAGAACAACGCUAACAACGAAACUGCAGCACAGGCCCAAGUGGAAGUGAGGGAAGACACUAACGAGGAGUCGAGCCACUCGAACGAUGUAGUGUCGUCGAACGUGGAGUUCGUGUCCGGCGCGCUGGCCGCCAGCAACGACACGCUCACCGUGCCCACGGACACCUCCACCCUCACCGUGGUGAGCGCAGACUCGCGCCGCCGCCGGAACCCGCUGCCAUACACCUUUCAUUACGUGCAUGGGAACAAUAUCAAGCUCUGUAGCUCAGAUACCGUGGCAAUGCGUACAUCAGGAUACAAAGACGGAAUCGCCAUUGUCAGCCAACCACUUCGGAGGGGUCACAAUUUUAGGUUCCGCGUGGACAAGGUGGGCGGCGACUGGUCGGGCAGCAUCUCGCUGGGCGCGGUGGGCGCGCUGCCCGCCGACUCGCUGCCGCAGUGCGCUAUGCACCUCGACCCGCCCAUCUGGGCCGUCACUAGCGACCUGCUGCACGACAACGGCACCUUCAAAAAGACGCAAAUGGCAUCUGCGUUCGAGGAGCUGACCGAGCAGUCGGUGCUGACGAUCCACUUCCGGUUCAACAGCGAGCUGGUAGUGGACGUGGAUGGCAGCGUCGCGGGCGUGGUGGGCGUGGUGCCGCGCGCCUUCAGCCAUGUCUACCCGCUCAUCGACCUGUACGGCCGCGUGCACCAGGUAUCCGUGCUGCUUCAUCCGACUGUGGUCGCAAGCGGCGCCUCCCUUGACCUACCCAUCAUCGCGGAGAACUUGCGCGAGGAGUCGCUCGCCGAGCUCGAGCUGCUCGACGACGACGAAGACGACGAUAAGAUGCCCAAACUCACUCCCGAAACUCCCGAAAUUCACCCUAAGCGCAAAGCCAAAGCCUACAGCCAUGACAACCUCAUAGGGGACUCUUCGGAUCCCCUGUACUCUCAACCCGGCCCCAGCACCCAUCCUGACCCGCCAACGCACAGUCUUCCAAACGAAAACGACGCCAAAAAUAAGCAAAUCAAAUGCAGAAAAAUAUGCACCAACCGCACCGUGCUUCACCAGAGCUUGAUAAUAACGCCCACUCCCAUCGAUAACAACGAGUCCGCAAAUCGAUGCAUACAAAAAAGUCACUCUACGCAUAGUUUUUGUCAAUUACCGGAUGAGAAUAAUUUAGACGUGGACAAUAAGGACACGGUGAGGCUCACGUUCAGCGCGGGGAGCCGGGUGGGCGACGAGACGGGCGCGCCGGCCGACGAGCGCGCGCUGUGCUGCGACACCAACAUCCGCCACAACGACCGCUACCCCGAGGCCAGCGACGUCGACAGCCUCGACACCGAGAUCAUGGACGCACUAGCGCUCGAGACCGGCAACUUGCCGGACCUCACCGAGGAGCACUCCUCUUCUAUUGACGAAUCUACUCGCCGCGACGACCUGUGGACGGAAUCUCUCUCCGUCGAGAAUCUCAAUUACUUGAAUCGAAUACUAUGUUUGGACCAGCAGAGCUCGGAGGGACAGAGUCUGGAGGCGGAGUGGGAGGCGCGCGGGGAGAGCUGCGAGCACCUGCACGUGGUGCUGAAGUACUGGCAUUUUCUGGUGUUGCCCUACCCCGAGCUGCGGCGCGCCGUGUCCAGUGGUCAGCUGCGCUGCUACUGCCGUAACUGCCAGCCGGACGCCCCACCACCUUUGGCAGGAUGGGUGCGAAUCGAGCGCGCGGAGGGCGGAGACGGCCGCGCCUACUGGCACGCGGUGCGCGCCGCGCUGGGGUCGGCGCAGGUGUGCGACGGCGCGGGCCCGGCGCGCCGGCCGCGCUCGCUCGCGCCCGCGCCGCGCGCCAACCACCCCAACCACGACAUAUGGUUUGAUGAAGAAGGCAAACCUCAUCACACAGUUUUGGCUAUAGAAAUUGAUGUAGAAAGUCCAGACGCAACACGAGACCGCCUAUUGGCGUUCCUGAUAUAUCUGAAAUCUCACUCUGUCCAGCACAACGCCGACAACCCGCCGAGCCUCGAUGAUUAAGCACGCCGAUCUACACUAUCUCAUAUACUCGACAUACAUAUUAUAUAUGCGAUAUUAUACAUUAUUUUUAAGGGGCACAAAAGGUUGUCAUAUACCUAAGUAUUAAAUGAAAGUUAACGAGACGUCAGCCGUCUGUAUAUUAGCAUUAGCAAGUAACAUGUGUUAGGUAUAAUGUUUUGGUCAAACUUCUCCAUCUUACAGAUUCACCUGUACACGUGCUUUACUAGACUUAUUAUUUUAUAAGCACUGUUGUGAUCUCAGUCUACUGACUAAGUUAUCUUUUAUAUUAUUUAUUAUUUCGGUGUUUGUAUUAUUCAUAGUUAUUUAAAUAGAACGACAAAUAAGUAUAUUUAAGUACUGAGGGUGCGCUCACACACCGAGUAAACGUUUUUAAUGUCAACAAGUAUUUCUGCCUGAACUGCCUACAAGCAGCAGCAGUAUUUUUUAAGAGGGGGCGUAAAGCCAGGAUAUUAGAAAGGAACAAAAGAUACAGCGCGCCGCGCGAAACCUGUGGCGUGAGAUAUGGUCAUUGCGCGGGUUUUUAACGUUUCGCCUCAAUAUAUAUUUUUGUUUAAAAUUUCGCUCGUCACGUCGCUCGGCUAUACUAUAUCGCUAGUUAUUUUAUACUAAAAUUAUACUGGCGAGGCUGUGGUAAUCAGGGUAAUGAUAUACAAUUGAACAUUAAUAGAAAUUAGACAUGUUUUCAUGUUUUAUUUUUCUAUAAAUAAGCCAACUUACUGCCAACCUAGGGUUUUGGUUGGAGUCUGCCCUUGCAAAUAAUAUAAUCUAGUCGCCGUGGGAUUUUUUUCAUAGCAUUUGUCUUUGUAAUGACUUAUCGAUUAUGCAAUAUAAAAACUACAUUUGCGUUAGCCCCCUCUUAAAAACUUCCGCUUUUAUAGGUAAGAUGUAUGUAGUAAUGUAGGCUUUCGUGAAAGCGGGACCCUGUUCUUUAAUUAUUGUCCGAUUAAUUAUGUAUAUAGAUGUGACAACUAGGAACACAUUUCUUUGCUGUUUCGCUAUAUUAAGUGCUGAUCAAUUAUCGAGGCGUGAGGUAUAAAUAUGAGCGUAUUACAAAAUAUGUAGGUAUAUGAGCGAGCCUUGAGGUCCUGAGCAGGGUAUGAGCGCAACUGGCCCAUAGUAAGCGGGCGGGCUGUUUGAUAUACAUCAUUACUUAUUGUAAUGUGAUAUCUAUUGACAAAUACUUACGUUGUUAGGGAACUUCCGAUGUGCUGACCUCCUAUGCUGGCUGGCCUUGUCUCACUCCCCUUGUUGCUUGUCACACUUUGUGGGUUCAAAUAUACAGUUUCCAAAAAGCCAGUUUCAAGUCAAACCAAACAAAAUAUGUUAUCUUUUGUAUGUGUAGUACUUUGUGUCGGGAGCUACGCCACAGGUUCGAAUCUUGAACGUAUUCUCAACUUGAGAGAAUAAGGGUCGGUUGCACCAUCUGUUUGUCAUCGUUAAAGAGUUCGCUAAAUUGUAUUGUAUGGUAAGUUUCAUAGUAAACCGCCGCGGCGCGCCGGAUGACGUUGAUCAGUCUGUCAAGUGCGGAUGGUGCAACUGGCUCUAAGUAACGUGCUUGCUUUUUUAUGUUGCAUAUUUUGUUAGAAUAUCGAGACAUGUCUGUAAUAUAUAAUAGUAUAAUAUUACUUAAGGCCGUUCCAUCGAUUUGCCGCUGUUACUGUCACAUUUCGCAAGAAAGAACGGGAAAGAUUAUGCGCGCCAAGUGUCAGUUUUGAUCGAAUUUUGUCGAUUUUUAUUUAUUUUAAAAACGUUACCUUACAAUAUCGAAAUUCGAAAGCUAUGAAAUUACUAUUUGUUAAGAUUGUUUUUUCUUCUUUUUUUGUUCACAAUAAAUAACCGAGUAAAGUUUGAUUAAAAGUCCGAGUUAGAGGUUACUUUGGGAAUUGAUUGUAUCGAGCGAAGUGUCAUAAUUCGUGUAUCGGAAGCUAUUUUAUUAAAGAUAAUAUAGUCAAGAACUACAUAUAUCUUUUCCACGUCUACGAAUAUCAACGCCUCUUAGAAAAACAUGAUCAUACAAGGAGAUUCUUCGCCUUCUGGCUCAGGGAACCGCCUUAAGUUCACUCGAGCUCGACUGCAUGACAAGAGACAUAUGCAUAACUGCAUUUAUUAUGCACCCGCAUUCUCUGGUUGUUUAGUUACUUACUUUACGAAGGGUUCCGUACCAUUACGCAAUAAACGGCAAAAAAAUCACGUUUGUUGUAUGGGAGCCCCACUUAAAUAUUUAUUUUAUUCUGUUUUUAGUAUUUGUUGUUAUAGCGGCAACAGAAAAAUACAUCUGUGAAAAUUUCAACCGUCUAGCUAUCACGGUUCAUGAGAUACAGCCUGGUGACAGACGGACAGACAGCGGAGUCGUAGUAAUAGGGUCCCGUUUUUACCCUUUGGGUACGGAACCCUAAAAAGAUUUUAUGUUUUCGACACGCCUAGCAUUUUAUUACCACGGAGCUUCGUAAUAUCCGGCAAACAAAUACAGCUAUACCAAAUCUUGGCAUCAGGAUUUAUUAUGUUGCGGAGGAAAUAGUAGAGUAACUUCAUAUAUUCUUUUGGAACAAAAAAAUCUGGCGUUUUCUUUAGGGGGACGUGGUUGCACGCAUAUAAAUAACUAUGCACAAAUGUGGAGGCAGCCUUUGGGUGUGGCGAGCGAGGGAGUCGCCCGGGGCGUCGCACUUGCAGAGGCCUCGCGCAGCAAGCCAGGCAGUUUUUAUUUUAUUUUUUACGUGAAAUAGCCGUACAAGGGGUCAAUUGCUAACGGAGCUCGGCAUCCGGUCUUACUUAAACUUGGCUAUUGAUCUAAUUCCAAAGGUCUGCACUCUAGUAGCUCGACCUUUGCCCUCGCACGGAAGUGCGAUAUUUGGCGUAUUCGGCUUUCGACCUCGCUUUUUAAAACACUUGGCUAUUGGUUUUUUUCCGAGCUUACCUCAUGUAUGCGCCCGCAGGAAAGUUCCAGGCUUUUCACACUAUUGGCAGUCUGCGACCUCGCAUACAUUUGGCUUUUGGUUCGAUUCCAAGCUCUGUUUUCCUGCAGCUCGUUCUUCGACUUCGCACAACAGCGAGCCGUGAUUGGACGCUGACGCUACUGGUCGCCGGCGUUUUGCUUAGCGUGGCCAUCGGCCUCGCUCACAUUCGCCGCGCCGUAAUCGGACGCUCCGCGCUGCUGGUUCUUUUUUAAGGAGCUCGGCCCUCUGCCCCGCUUAUUUGGCGUUCGAUUCCAUAUUCUCAGCCUUCAGACCCGCACUGGAGGGCGUUGGAAUCGAAGGCUUUGGGCUUUCGGUCCUAAGACUCCUAAGCGAAGCUCGGCCAUUGGCCUCAAUUUUUUACACAUAUGUCAAUUGGUUCAUGUCUGAGCUCGGUUCUUAAUCUCGGCCUAUGGACUGUCCACAAAGACGUUUCUCUGAUACAGCCUACACCUUUUUUACUUAGGACAUACGACAUAGGGCCUCGCAAAGAUCUGUCACUCGGAGUCCCGCACUAAUGAUAUAAAGUGAGCCGAUCUCUCGAACAAGUUAAAACAAGAUCGGCUCACUUUAUAUUCCGUCAACUUUAUAUAUUACAAAUUAUUAUGGUUCUUAUUCCCUUACACACGUUAGUUCGAACACGCAUCUUCUUUAAAUCAAUUUUGAUGUAAUUGAAGCUUACAGUCUAGUUUGGACCAUUAGUAAAUAACUAUUACAGUACAUAUGGUGCUACUUUCUCUCACUAGUGCGUCAAAUAGCACUUUUCGUGCAUAUGUAAAGUUUAAAGGGCCAUAUGUAUUGUAAAACGUUGUACGAUACACGUGCGAAAAGGUAAUUGAUGUCUUCGAUGUAUCUUCGAGAUGACAUUCCCUAUAAAAUUGUCGAUUCUUCUCCCUCACAAUAUUCCGGCUCCAUGGAACAUUUAGUUAUUGAGGUGACUCCCUUAUGUAACGUUAUGAUCGUUCAAACCAAUUUUAGGUGGAAGUUUUGCAUGGUAAUGUACAUCAUGUAUUUUUUUUAAGUUUUAUCAUUCUCUUAUUUUAAAAGUUACAGGGUGGGGGGGACACACACACAUUUUACCACUUUGGAAGUGUCUCUCGCGCAAACUCUUCACUUUGGAAAAAAAUGAUAUUAGAAACCUCAAUAUCAUUUUUGAAGACCUAUCCAUAGACACUCCACACGUAUGGGUUUGAUGAAAUAUAUAUUUUUCACUUCUCAUACUCGUAAAGUUCUCCUUUGUGCUAGAUGUAGGCUGCACAAAAUGCUACUUUUAUGCUCUCGUGCACAAAGUAAUAUUUUUUUAAAGACUAUGACAAUCAAAUCACUGCGAUAGUACACAAUAAAACAUAAUCGGAUAAUAUUGUUAUUCCACUUAAUUUGGCCCGUUUUUUUAAUAAUCCGUGUUUUAUAUAUUACUAAAUAAUUAAAAUCUUACAAUACAGCAUAGUUAUUAUAGAAAUAAACUAAAAAAGGUAGUUAUAAUUUGGCAGUAUGAAUAAAGACUUAAAGCU